AUGAUGUUCCCCAACUUCACUGCUGGCCUUGUUGCCGCUCUUUCGAUCUCCGGUGUAAACGCUGGUCUCUGCCGUCCUAGCUCUCAGACCAGCGCGGUGGUUUCGUCUGGUAGCACUACAGCUAAGACUGCAUCUGAGACUUCAGCCACCGAGACUGUCGUUGGUACCACUACCACCAGUGUCGAGACUGGUUCAGAGACUACCACCAGUGUUGAGUCUGGCUCCGAGACUACUACUGCCGAGACCGGAUCUGAGACAACCACCGUUGCGAUUGUUUCUGACACCACCACCGCUGAGACAUCUCUCGCCACUACUACCGUUCUCACCACCUCUGGUAUUGAUAUCACCACCGAAGUGACCACCUUCAUCACCUUCACCGCCACCGACACAACCACUUCUGAACUCGCUACUACUUCCGCUUUCGUUCCUGCCGACCUCUUUCCCUGCGUCACCAGCGACGACUGCGAUGCCUUCAUUCAGCUCUGCGAUGCAUUCCGCUGCGGCUGCAUCAACCGCAACUGUGAGCGUCUCACCGACACCACCACUGCUGAACCUACAACCACCGCAGCUGUCGACGAGGAAACCACCACUGCUGCUGAGGCUACCACUACUGCCGCCGCCGAGGAGAACACCACUACCGCUGCACCUGAAGAGGCUGCCACCACCACCCAAGCUGAGGAGGAGGCCGUCACUACUCAACCUCCUGCUCGUCGUCGUGCUCUUGCCGACCCUGUUCCCGAGGGCGCGCACUACUGCUAUGUUAACCAGGACUGUGACGAGAAGACCGACAUUGAUGGAUACAGCUGCGAGACUUUUGAGUGUACCUGCCUCGAGAACUCUUGCGUUGCUGAGAUGCCCAACCUCUAACUAAAGAACGGACCUAGCUCAGCGUACUUUGUUUAAUUAUUGACAAUAUACGUCAGGCAUUUACUGCCUUUCUUACCCCCGUGGUUGAACGCGUUAUGAGUUGCUACAAUACGAAGACACCGUUUCCCAUUAUUGCCAUCAAAUACUUUCAAUGUCUAGCGUUUUGACGAAUGUU